ACCAUCUCUCUCGUUUCUGAUCAUCCACUUCUUUUCCAAAACACACCGACACCAACGCCUCCAAGCAACUCUGCAUCCUCUUCCGCUCAUCUCCGACAAGCCAUUGCAUUCGCAACCAUUUUCCAGAAAAUCCCAAAAAAAUGUAGUUAGCCAUCUUCCAAAAAAACGUAGUUUGCUCCAAGCAAUUCGCUCCUUUGAUCUGCACGCUCAUCUCCGAGCAGCAAUCACAAUCCGCAUCUUUUGCCUGUUUUCCCCGAAAGAAAAACAAAAAAAGAAAAGCUGUUUGCCAGCCGCUGCUGAUGGAGGCGGCCCUGAUUAAGGGCGGCGCCGUCGCCGGGGCGCAAUGGGUGGUGAGCAAGGCGCUGAGCCCGCUGUCCGACGGCCUGGUGGAGCUGUGGGCGGCCAGCACGGAGCUUGAGCCCAACAUCGAUGCCCUCAAGACGGAGCUGCUCUGCGCGCAGGGCAUACUCAACCGUGCUCUGCGAGUGGAGAUCGACAACCCCGCGCUGGCGGUCCUGCUGCAGAAGCUGCGGGACCUGGGGUACGAAGCGGAGAACGCGCUGGGCGAGCUCGACUACUUCCGCAUCCAGGACGAGAUCGACGGCUCCUCCGAAGCCGUCGAAGACCUCGGGUGCGGCCGCAACCUCGUCCGAGUCGUUCGCCACGUCGCCGGUGCCGCCGCUAGGCAGCUCUCGUGUGACGACGAGUCAUGCAAGUGCGCGCGCCGCCUCACCUCCGGUGCCCGUAACACCGCCCACGUCGCCAGUGCCGCCGCCAAGCAGUUCUGUUGCGCCUCGUGCUUGCCUGCUGCUCGUGGUUCUGACGAGGACUCCGAUGAGGAGUCCGACAAGGAGUCUGACCAGGAAUACUCCUGCAAGUGCGGGCGCCGGCUCGCCUCCCGUGCUCGUACCGCCACCCGUGCCUUCGGUAAACGACUCCUCUGCUCUUCUCCUCUGUCUGUCACUGAUGAUAGUAAGCUUGCCCCUAGCAGAGUACCAAAGUUAAAAUUUGAUAGGGUGGGCGUCUCUAAAAGGAUGAAAUGUAUCGCAGACAAACUAAAGCCGCUGCGUGAGAGCGUCUCCGAUAUUCUACUCAUAGAGUUACAGGGAUCUGACCAUGGCAUUGUUAAUUCUGCUUCUGGAAAUAGACCCACGACCACCUCAGGACCAUUAGAGCAUAUUGUGUAUGGGAGGGACCAACAGAAGAACACCAUUGUCGUGGACAUUACAAAUGUUGAAAACAUUCAUAGAGAUCUCACCGUCAUUCCUAUAGUUGGUCCUGGGGGCAUAGGAAAGACUACUCUCACUCAGUACAUAUAUAAUAGCAAAAGAGUUGAAGAACAUUUCCAAAUUCGAGUUUGGGUGUGUGUAUCUCUUGACUUUAGUGUGUAUAAGUUAACACGAGAGAUUGUGAGCUCCAUUCCUAAAGCUGAAGAUGAAAAAAAUGACAGACCGGAUAAUGAGGUUCAAAACCUGGACCAACUUCAGAAAUUGAUUGAAAAAAGACUAAAAAACAGAAGAUUUUUACUUGUUUUGGAUGAUAUUUGGAAAUAUGGUAAUGAAGAUGAGUGGAAUAGAUUGCUAGUUCCCUUUAAAAAAGUGCAAGGAAACGGAGACAUAAUUCUAAUCACAACUCGAUUCCUUGAAGUCGCUGAAAUGGUUAAGAAAGGAGAUGAACUCUUACAACUAGAAGGUUUGGAGCCGAAAGAAUAUUGGAGCCUUUUUGUAGCAUACGUCUUUGGUGAAACUAAUCGACAAUAUAUUGAUAAAAACUUGCUUGAAAUUGGGGAAAAGAUUGUUGAAAAGUUGAAGGGUUCUCCUCUUGCAGCAAAAACUGUGGGUAGCUUACUGAGAAAAAACCCUACUGUAGUUAUUUGGACGAGGGUUCUUGAAAGUAGAGAAUGGGAAUUACAAACCGGUGAUAACGAUAUUAUGCCCGCAUUGAAGCUUAGCUAUGACUACCUCCCUUUUCACCUGCAACAAUGUUUUUCCUUUUGUGCAUUAUUUCCAGAGGAUUACAAGUUUGAAUCUGAGGAGCUAAUUCACUUCUGGAUAGGACUUGACAUCUUGCAUCCAGGUCAUACAACCAAAAGAAUUGAAGAUGUAGGGUGUCACAACUUGAAUGACUUAGUUAAUUAUGGAUUUUUCAAAAAAGAAACAGACGAUUUAGGUACACACUAUGUUAUGCAUGACCUGCUACAUGAUUUGGCAUUGAAUGUUUCAUCACAAGAAUGUCUACAUAUAGCUUCAUCUAGUCUAAGAGAUCUAGGAAUUGCACCAUCUGUCUAUCACAUGUCCAUUAGUUGCAUUGAUCCAGGUGAUAGCACUGAUGGAGUUGUGCAAGAAAAUUUUAGGAAAGGACUGGAUAAAAUAAGGAACAUAAUCAAAUUUGAGAACCUACGCACUUUGAUGUUGUUUGGAAAUUAUGAUCCAAGCUUUGUUCCCAUAUUCAGUGAUUUAUUUAAAAAUGCAAAUUCUCUGCGAGUUGUCUUUUUGUCAACAAUGUACUACCCUGUGGAGUCUCUGUUGCUCAGUGUGCCAAACCUUGUCCAUCUUCGGUACUUGCGGCUUGAGUCAAGAUACGGUAGUAAUGAACAUUUACCAAGGAAUAUCUCAAGAUUCUAUCAAUUAAGGGUCCUAGACAUAAGGAAGUGGCACAAUUCUCAUAGUCUGCUUGGAGAUAUGACUAACCUUGUAAAGUUGCGGCAUUUUUUAUCUCAUAAUGAGGAAGUCCACUCAAAUAUUUGUAAUGUGGGAAAGUUGUAUAGCUUACAACAGCUACAGAGAUUUGAAGUCAAAAAAGAAAGUAGUGGUUUUGAAUUAAGGGAGCUGGGGAAAUUAGAAGAUCUAGGAGGAUCACUUGCCAUAUAUAAUCUUGAUAAUGCAGCAGUAAAUGAGGCACAUGAGGCAAAACUAUCAUACAAAUACCGCUUGCACAAAUUAACACUGAACUGGAAGGAAGACCGAUCUGAUAUAAAUCCUGGCGCAGAAGAUCAACAACUUGAAAGCCUUCGGCCACACACCAGUAUUCAUGAGCUAUCCAUUGAUGGGCAUGGAGGCUCCACGUGCCCUACAUGGCUAGGUACAAACCUGUCCACGAGAGGUCUGGAGGCUCUCCGCCUUGACAACACUGAUUGGGAAUCCCUUCCACCGCUUGGAGAGCUAUAUAUGGUUCACGAGACCGGAGAAGAGUAUUUUGGUUGCAUUAGAGGUCCGAGCUUCCCUAACUUGAAAAGGCUAGAACUCAUUGGGUUGCCAAGAUUUAGAAGGUGGGUAGCAAAUGAAUUUUGCCCUUGGUACUUCUCAAUUAUAGAAAUACUCAUUGUGAAGGAUUGCCCUAAACUAACUACGCUCCCGUUUUCAUCUUAUACUACUUGCUACCCUCCGGAUGGAGAUUUGAAUGUGACUUGGUUUCCUAGGCUAAAAGAGAUUGAAAUAGAGAAUUGCCCAGAACUCUUGUCACUGCCUCCUACUCCUUAUAGUCACACUUUGUGCAAUGUUACACUGCAACAUGUAGGAAGAGGUCUGGAGCUGUUAAGUUACUCAAACAAAUCAUCCGUCCCUUUGGAAAUGGAAGGUAAUGAUGCUCUGCCUAGCCUAGACGAGACGGUUUUGGCGUUCGAUAAGUUAACCCAUCUACAAGAAUUGAGUUUUGAAAACUGCCCACCUCUGUCUAAUAAACACCUUCAAAUGCUAACCUCGUUAAAGACCCUCAAAAUAAGUAAGUCUGGUAUUGUGUUUCUGCCGUUAGUAAAAAGUGAUGUGAAAUGGCAGCUUCCGGUCACCCGUCUUGAGAUAAUGAGUUGGACUGCUAGCGGGCAGGAACUAACACGUCUACUCUCUCAUCUCCCUGACCUGUCUCAUCUGGAAAUAUGUUUGUGUGACAAGAUAACACUGUUGAACGUAGAGGCAGCAUCGCUAUCAGUGCCAGCUUCUUCAGGUGUUAAAUUGCAGGAUACACAUGGAACAAAUCAACAAAAAGAUGAAGUGCUGCAGGUGGAGGAAGAGGUAGUAGCUGCGGAACAAGAAGAGGAAAAUGAUGGGCUGCUGCUCUUACCGGCCCAACUCCCCGUUUCUCUGAAGUAUUUUAUUAUCCUUGGUUGUCCAGAGCUUAUCCUGACUGCCCAUACCCACGGGGCAGGAGGAGGAGGUCUCCAUGCCAUGCGCUCCAUCCAGAAAAUCGAAAUAAAAAGUUGCCCCAAAUUCCUCUCCGCCUACAAGGAUUCGGAUCUCUGCCCUUUCCCAUCCUCCCUGCAACGCCUCGUUCUUGAAGAUCGUAUGGAGGGCAUGGACACGCUGGUGCCCCUCUCCAACCUCACCUCUCUCCAGGAAUUAAGAGUUACAUAUUGGGGCCAGCAUUUAAGGCACGAGGGCCUGUUGCAUCUCCUCACCCAGGGCCAGCUCACCAUAUUAGAAGUCCGCCAUAUCCCCAAUUUCUUUGCUGGUUGGGACCCCGCGCGAGGGCUGCAGGGUGGAGAAGAGCAGCCAUCCUCCAAAUUGCAGGAAUUCGAGACGGACGACAUCGCAGGAGCCCUUGCUCAGCCGAUCUGCCGUCUCCUCGCUCCCUCCCUCACCAGAUUAUCUCUUGAAUUCAACGAACAGGUGGAGCGCUUCACAGAGCAGCAAGAGGAGGCCCUUUCCCUCCUCACCUCCCUCAAGGAGCUCCAAUUUUGGUGGUGCGAAAAGCUGCGGUGCCUCCCGUCAGGGCUACGCAAGCUCACCAGCCUCGAGCGAUUACAGAUCUAUGUCUGCCCAGCCAUGCGGUCGCUGCGCAGGAAUGGCCUCCCGAGUUCCCUGCAAGAGUUAGUUGUCGAGUACUGCAUCAAUCUGCGGUGUCUCCCAGCAGGGCUACACAAGCUCACCAGCCUCAAGAGAUUGGAGAUCGAGAGAUGUCCAGCCAUCCGGUCGCUGCCCAAGAAUGGCCUCCCCAGCUCACUGCAAGAGUUGGAUGUCAGAUAUUGCCACAACGAGAAGCUAAAACAGCGAUGCAGACGGUUAGUGGGCACCAUCCCACUAAUCAGACUAGGCUAAUCCAAGGGCUUCUUGGGAGUUGUACAUUCUUCUAGCCUUGUAGGACUAUCUCCAUGGAUGUACCCAGUUCGCACAGAAGAGGGUCUCCUGUGUGGUAUCUUCUUCAUGUACAUAAACCUGGUGUUCUUAUGAUUUUUCUGGUCGUCUUGUUGAUACUGUGUAAUUACACUUCUUUUGUCACUAGUGAAGAUUUGGUUCUCUAGCGUUCAAAUAGGUGCAGACGUUACUUCUUCAAAAUUCCAUGCAGUCUUGGGUAUACUUCGUAUUGCAACAGAUGUGGAAGCUACGCUCUUUACCGGCUGACAGCUUAGGAACAUUGUCAGAAGGUUCACACUCCAAGAGAAUGUAUCCAAAGACUUCAGAAGAUCUCCAUUAUGAUUGCCUAAGGGCUACACAGGCUUCCCGACUUCGACAACUUAAAGGUCAUGGUUGUGUGCAGCCUAUGCAGUCAGCUGCCCAAGGAGACAUCCACAGUUCACCGAAAGAGUUAGAUGUGAGUUGUCAUGGAAAUGACGAGGUCAAACAUAAGUAAGAGAAGUUAAUGGAAGCCAUUCGCAAAGGCGAAUACGUACUGACUAAACCAAGGUUGGUUCAUGCUUAUCUAGAACUUCAUACAUGCAAUGGUGGAUUAUUCACUGCAUAUGAAGCAAUCCAGGUUAUGGACGAGUCAACCUGCAAAAAGAACGAAGCUUUUGGACCAUUCUGCAACUGAUCUCAAGUUACCCGAUGAUGUGCAAGGCAAGGAAACUGUAUGAAUCUGCCAUUUAUCUUGAACCUGAAAUUCUAAGAGCUGAACUGGCAAGGGGUGAUAUGCGUUUUGGUGAAUCCUGGAAUAAUCAAGCAAUUUUUCUACUUGAAAGAUAUUAGAGGCAAUAGGCAGAUGAUUCUCCACUCAUCAAGUUAGGUCAACUAUUUGCAGCAACAAAUCUGCUGUCCCAAUAUCAAUCUGCACUAAGUGCAGGUUAAGGAAUAACUGAAGACAAGAAUGCUGGCAUGAGCAACGGUAUAAUUUUUUCUCGCUUUAUUCAAAUGCUAGUUUACCUGAGAUCGUGCACAUAAUUUAUUUGGUCACAUUCUAGCUCCCAUAUGUUUAGAUUGUUAUUUUGUCCCACCAGAGCCAUACGCAACAAAAACUGAACCAUCAUUUGUGCAAUCUGAAUAUUUAGUGAGCGUUGUUAAUUAUGUAUCCAUCUAGUCAGAAGCUCUUGAAAGCCAGUCACUCUUUUUCUAUCCUUCAAUUGCUACCCUCUGACACUCGUCAUCACAAUUCAUGCAUUGCAAUCUCGCAUAAGCCACUUGUACCAUUCUGUCGCCGGUGUAUCCAUUCUCUUUGUAUAAGUCACUUCAUUCAUUUGUGCAUCAGUGUCAGCCUAUUAUAUAGGGUUUGCACACUUGUUAUUUUCCGAUAAAACUCAAUGGGAGAGUUCAUUUUAUGGUGUCCAGUCCCUUGGAAACAGAGUCAUCCAAUAGUUUAAAGCUCUUGAAAGCCAAUCAUUUCUUUUCUAUCAUUCCAUUGACUCCUUGGAUCAAUCCAUUGGUCUAUCCAUUAGACUAUUCCGUAGAUUUUACAUAUUGUUCCUCUUUGAUAUAUUCAUGAGGAUAUAUCAUUUAUGGCACUCAUCAUGCAUCGAAUUACUCCCAGCAGUCAUUUGUAAAUGGAGCCUGCCAUAUGUCGGCAACUCUAAAUAUAUAUUAAACAGAAAAGAAAAAUAAAAAAUGCUGGCAUCUAGAGGAAAAAGAGAAAGAAAAAAGAAAAAGAAAGAAAGAAAAAAAAAAGUGUGCUGCCAACCAAGAGCCAAAAGAAAACCAAAAGAGAGUGUGCCGGCAAUUAAGAUUUGAGAGGCUCUUAUAUUUCAUUUAGUGGGAGGACUUACGCAUACUUUACUUUUGCAAUCAUCAGCUGAUGCCUACUCUUCAUGUGGUAUCCAUGUCAUCAAUAGUUUCUCGACAUCAAUUGUGCCACUCAGAUCAUUCUUUUCCUCUUGACAUCUUUUCCAUCAUUCUUCCUGUGACUGGAAUCAUGAGGUUUCACUGUACUGGUUUCGGAUACUUAUUUAACUUUGCAAUAACUGAAAUUCAGAUUUGCUUACUCCAUUUACCCCACCAAACCACAGAUAAGCCUCCACAUAUGUAUAUGUUUUUAGUUUUUAGUGGUAGGGAGAUCUUGGCCAAUGGCCAGUGAGGAUCCAGAUACGAGUGACUGAGAGAAAUGAUCACGUUGUGAGGGCAUAAGGAUGUGAUCAUGAAAUUUUGUGCAUUAUCUGUUGUAAGCUUGUAGGUUUGCAAAGCUGGAGAACAACUAGAGACCCUUCACUAGUUCACUGUACGCUCUUCAUCUGCUUCGCUUCGUCAAGUCAGUUGCAUCUCAUGAAAAGGUUUAAAGUCCCACUUCACGACAGAGGAAGCCACACAACCAAGUUUCCAGGAUUCUGAAAAUAUCAGAAGAUUGACCAAUCAUAUUAGUUGACCCUAGGGGUUUGAUGAGCCUCUUCUCUACUGCUAAGUAGUCAGAUGGUGAUAUAGUUUUAGUCCAUAAAUUCGAGUUGUGUAAUCUUCCAUCCUGUAUCAAACUAUUUGUAAUCGAAGACGGAAUUUUAGCGAAGAGAACUUUACUAUUUAUGCAAAGAUUGCUAUCUUGCUUCAUGUC